AGUUUGUCAUCAUUUUUGUGUUCCUGUUUUCAUUGUUUUUCAUCUCUUUAACGAUUUAUACAGCUUCACAUUUUCGAAUCCUUGGGUAUACGCUGAGCAAAGACAUGUACAAGUCAAGUGUACUUUUGACACGGCUACACCAUUAACAAGGAUGGACAAGAUAUUGGAGAGCCUUUUGCAGUCUGGGCAUCCCCCUGGCUUGCAGAAAAAACUAGUAGAAAAGUUGGUGACCAGCGCCAGCAGGCCUAUUUCAGAAUCGGUGUGUGUGAAUAUACUUCAACUCUCUAGCAAGUGGGUGGUCAAUGGAAAUGUAACACACCUACCAGCAUCACUUGGCACAAAAGUCUUCCUGUCCUUUAGCAGCCACAAUAGGAUGGUGCUGGAAAAAUACAUGUCAACGGAUACUCUUGUCUUAUGGAUGUCAACUACAAACAAGACGCUCCUUGCAUGGCCAGAGACAGUGAAGCUCAUCCAUGGAGUCCUGAAGCUGCUGUUUGCUCAUCAGAGCUUCACGAAGCUUGCCCACAUUGUGCAGCGGAUGGCCAUCAGCUACGUCCGAGAGCAUCCGGACAUUCAGGUUCUCUCUGCCAUAGCAUCACUUAUGCUAGACUUCAAGCAUUGUAUUCCACAUGGUGACUUCACAGAGCGUUUCUGCAUAGCAAUUAUAAACGACAUGGCCAUCACUGAAAUACCUCAGGACACCACUAAAUUUCUUGGUGUUGUCAGGGACGUGAAGCGUGUGACGGAUCUGCUAAGCUUCGUCAUGUCGAACGCCGAUGGCGACUGCACGCGCAGCAGCCUGAAGGCUGUGUACGGCAUCAUCGCCUGUACGGACGACGCCGUGCGGCCGUCCAUCGUUCUCGCGUCCGUCGUGCAGGUAGUGACGAUGGAUGUAGCCGUGGCGGUGAUGCAGCAGCUCGUCACGCCGGAGACAGAGGACGAGACGCUGGGAGUGGUAGCAAACCGCAUGGUUGACUGGCUGUCGUGGCCCCUCGCUAGCAAUGCUGACAGCUGGAUGAUAGCCUUACUGAGGAAACUAGUGGCAGAGCAAAAGUACAGCAUCAUCAUGCAGCUCAUGGAUGAUAGGAUUGUGCAUAUAUUUGAGAAGUUGACCAUCAUUCUGGUGACAAGUGCACACAUGAAUGUACUGUCAUUCAUGCUACUCUCAUGCCAGCAUUCUGCACAACCCUUCCAUAAGAUCGUGAGGCAGAUACCCACAAUGCUGCGUCUUUUACAAAGAGAUGGCGCCGCCACGGGUUAUGCCAAAAAACUCGCAAAUCUAACCUAUGUGUUGCUGCACCUGCACCCGGGUUAUCCUGACCUAUACGAGCCCAUGCUGGAGCGUUUACAGGACUAUCCCAGGCCUACCCCAGAAUACAUUCAACAGCAAAUCAGAGAUCACCAAUGGAGUUGUGAGAAGCCUUGUAUUUACCAAAGCACUAGCGUUCUGCUGGCAGACCGAUCAGAAACGGGCAAGACAGGUCUUGUGAAUUUGGGAAAUACCUGCUACAUGAAUACCAUCAUUCAGACUCUCUACAUGUGCCAUGACUUCCGGCAGCUGGUGACAUCAUCGUCAUCAUCAUCAGCGCGUCGCACGAUACUGUCCAGCAUCGAGACGGUGUUUGCCUUCCUCGCGCACAGCCGGCGGCCCGCCUAUGCGCCGACACCCUUCCUCACCGCCGCGCGUCCGCCCUGGUUCCAGCCGGGCUACCAGCAGGACUGCUCCGAGUUUCUCCGCUACCUUCUCGAUCAGAUGCACGAGGAGGAGGUGCUAGUGGGCAAGGCGGCGACAGCGGCGAAGUCGCCGCCUUCGAGGACGAGCGACGGCGGUUUGAGCGGCGGAAACAUGUCGCACGCUUCCGCCGUUGCCACGACGACGCAGUAUCACGGCGACGAGCCGCAGCAGUCGGGUCAGAGGUCGGAGCGAGCGCGGUCGCGCGCGGGCAUGCCCGAACUCGGCAGCAUAGUGCGCAGGGUUUUCGGUGGAACUAUGGCGUACACUUGCCGCUGUUUAGGCUGUGGUGCUAUCUCGAGGCGGGAGGAGGUGUUUACGGAUAUACCGCUAGCCUUUCCCGUGGAGCUGGUGGCGGGUGUCUCGGACAUUGCGGUGGACAGGAGCUUGUGUGCCCUCAUAAAACAUUUCUUUCAACCUGAGAAGAUGGAAGGAGAGAACAAAUAUUUCUGCAAUAGCUGCAACAGUCUCCAAGAGGCUGAGAAGCGUAUUGGAGUCGUGCGUCCGCCCGACAACCUCGUCCUUAGCCUGCUGCGAUUCUCAUACGACGUCGAGACGCACGCGAAGACUAAGAUCCUCACCGACGUCGAAUACCAGCGGACGCUGCAUCUGCCGAUCGAUGCGCGCGGUGCCGCCGGCGCCACCUACGCACUGUUCGCCAUCAUCGUCCAUUCCGGCACGUCGUCCGAGUGCGGCCACUACUACUGCUACGCUCGCUCGAACCGUCGUCCGAACGCCGACGCGCUGGACCGGCUGCGGGCGCGCUCUGGUGGCGGCAACGCCGAAGUCGGCGUAGAUCGACUCGCGGCGCACUCUGGUGGCGAGGCGGCGGCGGCAGACGCGGACGUGCUGGAGGAUGAGUGGUGCUGCUUCAACGACGAUCGCGUGACGUUCUCGCGAUACGAGUCGUUCGGCAGCGUGAGCAAACAUUUUCCGCGCGACACGGCCUACGUGCUGAUGUACAGACGCGUCGACUCGUGCGAUGUGGCGUCGUCGCCGCCGCUGGUCGCCGAGUCGAGAGAGGAAACGGGUUCGCUUCUGAGCAGGACGCUUCGGUUGGCGGUGGACACGGACAACGCAGCUUUCAUUAAGGAGCAGGAGCAUGCGUCUAAGCGGAGACGCCUUGGCAGCGCCGGAGUUAAAUCGCUGCCGUACUGGCGUGACGAUGACCGAGGAGGUGGUCCCCCGGGAAGCUGUGGGGGUGGCGGGCCUGGAGGUGGCUUUGACUCUCCCAUUAGGUUCGUGUGCUAGAGUGUUUGUCGCUGAAGCCGACGCAGUGUUGCUUAUGUAAUUCAUUGAGAUUUCUACUGCUAUUCUUGGGCCAAAGUAGCUUUGGAUAAAAUGAGAGUCAGAGUUAAGGUGAGGUGAAGGAAUUUGAUUCGAUAUGGAAACAGACAGUAAGUAAAAUAGAAGACGAAAACGGAACAUUUCUGCUGCUGUUUCUCUUUACACGAAUUCAUCCUCGUUCCUGUGAGUAUGUAAAAUAGUAGUAAAGUUAAACAUUACUGCCUGUUUAUAAUGCCUUACUGUGUAGUUCAAAUAAUUUGUAUCAAACUACAGUAGACGCAAUGUAAAUAAUUUAUUGAAAUGCUGUACGUGAAUAUUGUAGCCUUGGAAAGGAAAUUGUAAAAUAAGUAGCAUGUCCCUGUUACCAAAAUGAAAUUCCAACUUAAAUGAAAAACCCAUUUGCCAUGGUUUCAACUUCUACUGGUGGGUGGGUGGUUUAUAGAGCAUCAAAUACAAAAUGUCUUUCGUGACGUUCGUCCCACUAGUUAUAUAACUUGCUAGGCAAAAACUUUGGAAUAAGCCCCAAUAAUUUUUUGUGCCUGUCAUACAUGUAUCGACCAGUAUAAACGCUAGGGCUGUAACGAUACACAAGCCUCUCGGUUCGAUCCGGUUCUCGAUAUUAGCCUAUCGAUUCGAUUCCUUCG